GGUUUCACGGCAUUCGGUGCUGCCGCCGCCAUGUCGCUGGGAUCCGGCCCGGAGGCGGGUUUUUCCAGCGAGGAGCUGCUGAACCUGCGCUUCCCGCUACACCGCGCCUGCCGCGAUGGGGACUUGACGGUUUUAUGCUCUCUUCUCCAGAACGCGUCCCGCGAAAACCUGGCAGCCGAGGACUCCUUCUACGGGUGGACGCCCAUCCAUUGGGCCGCUCAUUUCGGAAAGCUGGACUGCUUAAUGCAAUUAGUGAGAGUGGGAGCUUCGGUAAAUGCCUGUACAACACGUUUUGCCCAAACACCAGCCCAUAUUGCUGCUUUUGGAGGACAUCCUCAGUGCCUCAUCUGGUUAAUUCAAUCGGGAGCCAACAUAAACAAACAGGAUUAUGUUGGUGAAACUCCUAUUCACAAAGCAGCCCGGUCUGGUAGUAUGGAGUCCAUAAGUGCCCUUGUGGCUCAUGGAGCUCAAAUAGACUUGAGAAAUGCCAGUGGCCUGACAGCAGCAGAUCUUGCACAUACCCAGGGCUUCCAGGAAUGUGCUCAGUUGCUCUUGAACCUCCAGAACUGUCCGCUGAACCAUUUCUAUAGCAAUGGCACCUUAAAUGGGGUCCAUCAGAAUACUAUCCCCAGUCUCCUCAAUAGAGGUAUAAGUCGAAAACGAACCUUUGAAGAUAUGGACAGUGUUGGAAUAAAGAAAGCUAGGACUGAAGGUCGAUGUUUUGAUGGCCUAAGAUCAAUGACUAAUGGAGGAACUGAAGAUGAUGCUGACAAUAUGCAUGUUGAUAGAGAGUUUGCUGUUAUAUCAGAUAUGAAUUGCAGUAACUCCAUAUUGAAUGCAUUGGCAAAUGGACAUAUCAUCAAUGGACAUUUGGACUUCACUUCCCCAGAACAGCUCAAUGGAUUGAGUGCCAGGCGUGAAGAAUGCCUAACAUUGCUAGUACCUAAUGCACUAGCUACAGCUCAUAAACAUACACUCAAUGUUGGCAAUAGCGUUGAGGAACCAGAAAAAGUUCUAAAUACGUCUUCUGAUAUGUGUGGCUCCUUGCAUCUGAAUGGAAGCCCAAGUAGCCUUGUGUCAAACAGGCCCUCAUGGGUGGAUGACCUUGGCGAUACAUUGCACUAUGGACAUUACCAUGGUUUUGGGGAUACUGCUGAAAGUAUUCCUGAACUUAACAGUGUUGUUGAGCAUUCCAAUUCUGUUAAAAUUGCACAGAAGUACGAUAAUGCUGUCUUGGGUACAAUGUAUCUUUAUCAUGGUUCCUAAGUUGUUGAUACCACAUUUUUGUAGAUGUCAAACAUACUUUAGAAAAGUACUACAAAAGUAAUUUUGAGGUAUCAUCUGAAGGAUGCAGCAAGUAACAGGUUUUUUUACACAUUGUUUAAGAGAAUUUGACACUUGACAGCCUUAUGCUUCUAAUUUUGCAUGCAAAGUUCAUUAGUUACAUGAAUAGGUGCUUUUACUAUGGAAUGUUCUUUUUUAUGACAAGUUCUAGUUUUGUACUUCUUUAUUUCGAAGCUAUAAGCACUCUAGUUAAGAACUUUGUUUUUACUUUCAUUAGGCUCUUUUAAAACUAAACUUUGUGAGAAAGUUCAUUUUUGGUAUUGGCAAAGUACAGAUUCUCUGACUUAAGAUUUUCUGCUGAGACUAUGGUAAGUAAUAUCAGUGCCAGCUAUGACUAUGCAAGGAGUGGGUGGUGGCAGUAAAACAUUUUGACAUAAUCUGUUUGAUUACUCCUCAAAAGGAAGUUGACUUCUCUUUUUAUAAGUUAGUAAACUGCUUAAAAUGCAGUGCUGAUUGGAUAGUUCUUCACAUUCUUUACUUCAUAAACUUAUAUUUAGGUGGCAGUCUGUCCUAUUUAAAAAAAAAGCAUUUUUCUAUUAUAGAAUUGGAAAAAUUGAUUCCUAGUAUACAAGUGAAAGAAGGAACUAAGGUACUUUUCCUUUUGCUUCACUGCAAAUAUACGUGAUAUUUUACCAUAGCUCACAGAAUGGCAUGUUGGCAAUGUUUUGUCUGUGUAUAUGAAUUGCAAAAACUGUUAUUUGUUCAAAUGUUGUCUGGUCAAUAUAUUUCAGUUUUGUUUUGUUACAUGCAUAUAUUUCAUUGUUUUUUUGUUUUGUUUUUUGGAGAGAAACAUAUUGCUUUGAUAUGUUGAAAUGUGCAUUUUCAGCCUUAAAAUAUGGGCUGUGUUCAUGGUUUUUUUAAAAGUCAAAUUCAGUGGAAAUGCAUUGAAGUUUAAAUCGGUUGUGUGUAUAUACAGAAUAUCUGCACAUGCACUGCGUAAGCUUUGUAACAUUACUACUUUUGUGAUUUUGGGGUAAAAAUAAGAUGGAUGAUGAAAGUGUGAAACUAAAACAAUCUGGUUGUGUGUUUAAAUUGUUUGUACCUUUUUGUUUCCAAAGGGACCUUUACAAAUUAAAUUUAAAAAAAUAAACUCCAUCUUGCAUUAUACUUCA